AUGCAUCAAGAAGGACUUGGCAGUGCAGAUGCCCAUGACGCCGACGUGACUUGCAACACGAAGGAGUGCAUUGAGGGGCUGCAGACUCACGCCGAGGAGCUUUCAAAGAUCCCUUUCUUUGCGUCGUGCAGCAGCAGCUUCGUGUCAGAGUUAGUUCUCCUUGCCAAGCUGGAAACAUACCAAGCUGGAGAGAAAGUGUGGCUCCAGGGCGACGAGUGUAACAAGCUCUACAUCCUGAAGUUGGGGGAAGUGGAGCUGAUCCAAGAGGAUGGAAGUGUUCUGCACAAAUGGACUGCAGGGGCUAUGUUGGGCCUCUGCAUCAUGAUGAAUGUCCACCACCGCCUGUUUUCAGCGCAAGCCGCUGCUACAUGUGAGUGCUUGACCUUGCCGUCCUCCUCGUUUCAGGCCGUCUUGAAGCAACAUCCGGCGGAGAAGAAGCAUUUCGUGGAGGUGGCGCAGGCUGAAGCAAAGGCUGCACUGGGUGCUCGACAGUUCGAAUGCCUGACUGGGCCAUCGCCAGUCGUUCCGCCCAAGACCGUACACAGGAAGGCAUUCCACAGAAGCUCUCAUGGCACUCAGGAGGACAAGUCCCCCAAGAAGUCCAAGGCCUUGGAGAAGCUCCCAACUAUCGAGCCGAUCACGAAGCCGCUUCUUUCAACAAAGCAAGUGUCAUCCAGCCUGCCUCUAAAUGCCAAGUUUCGACGACCUUCUUUAUCGAAGCGCGGCGCGUCGGUGUUGGAUGCUGACAGUGGCUCUGACACAGAACUGAAGGUGUGCCCCCAAUUAAGCACUCAGAGUGCCCCAGAAGGCAUGGUAUGGUCAAGGAGCUCAACAGUCCCAGCAUUCGGUAUGCUGCCAAACGAUCAGAGCACAAGCCACCUCAUGCCUCCUCAGCUGCCACUUUCACCACGAUCAUCUGCGGAUCGUUCACCCUCUCCAUCAGCUGCCAGCAAGUCAUCAUGCGAGCCUGGGGAUGACGUGAGCCCUGCCUCCAAAAAAGCAAACUACUGGUGCGAUGUCAUCCGGGAUUGGUUUGGGUGUUUGGAUGCCGACAGCAGUGGUCGUAUUGACAAGGAAGAGUUCAAACGCAUCGCGCAGAACCUCUCGGCAGCUUUUGCGUGGGAUGACCACCAGUCAGCAUUGCUCCUUCAGGAAAUUGACACCGACAACGAUGAGCAAGUGGAUCUGCCUGAAUUCGCCGAUUGGCUCACUAAUAUUCAUGCCACCAUGACCUUCAGUCCUGACGGCUGGCUCCAGACAUCUGAUCUAGCAGACACUCUGCAGCCAUUGUACGAGUGCUACGAUCCGGAUCGCAGCGGGAUUUCCAAGGAGCAGUUCCUCCGCACCUACCGCAUCAUUGCCAACGCAUUGAAGCACACCCCAGUGGCCUAUCAGAAGAAGGCAGACAUCUGGGUACGAGCUGCCGAAGAAGAGUAUGAAAAUCUGAACGAUGGCGGACAAGAGAUCCUCAUCGAGAUUGACGAUUUCAUCCAAUGGCAAGCCCAGCUGCUCAGACACUCAGGAAUACCAAACGCUGCGCUGCCGGAGCGAGUGGCUGGCCUCGCCCAGGCUUUGAAGGUCAUCAACGCCUUGGAUAAGAAGUCAGUUCUGGCAGAGCAAGAUGAGAUUACUCUCAGCAAAUCAAUCCAGAAAGUUGCCACUCUUGCGCGGGAGCUGUAUUUACCAUGCCAUCGACAGCUUCGCGCGCUUCUGGAGGCAAACAACCACGAAAGAAAGGAAACACAAGGCUGUGAUGAAAGCUAUAUCUGGGAGAACCCGCCAGAUGGUGCAGUCAAUCGGCUUCGUCGGGACUGUGCAAUCAACAUGGGUGUGCUGCUGCCCGGCGUCUUGCCGCACAAGCACGAGGAGACUUCCAAGAGCGACGUUUGGAGAUUUGCGCGACGGAACUCGCACAUGCGCAACCGUCAGAGCCUUACGGUAGAAGCCUUUGCCUCCGACAUGGCCACGCCCAGCAUGAAUCGGCGCUUUGUCCUCUUGAAGCUGGCACUUGCUUUGCUUGCGUUGCACUUUCUCGCGUCUACCUUCGUUUCCCCUAGUGGCCCCAGCGUCCACGUGCGAAGCCCUAGGAGGCAGCUGACGGCUGUCAGGGCCGAAGGGGAGCCCGGAGCAGAAGAGGAAGGAGGAGACAUGCUUGAGUUCCUCAAGGUGGAGCAGGAUAUUGAGCUUUCUCCAGAGGAGUACAAGAUGGCUCUGGAGGCCGAGAUCGAAACGCAAAGGAAGAAGUACUACAUCGGAGGUGUUGUCGAUCCGAAGAAUCUCGUCGUUCCUUGGAAGCCUGUUGUUGAGGAGGUGCUGGUGAAGGAUGCAAGGAGGACCUUGAAGAAGAAUGGGAUCAGAGACCCUGCUGGUGGCGACGAAGUCACCGAGUAUGAUGACAGUGAAGUCGACCUCACCCUCAUCGAUGAUGACGUUCUGCUGCAGUGGGCAGGCGGCGUCCCUGGCACCAAGGUGGGCUACAUCAUCGAAAGAAAACCCGUCGGCAGCACGAAUUUCGAGGAGAUCGCCACCUACGACAACAUGAAGAAUCCUCAGCUCCUGGCGAAGCCCUAUAGUGGUCAUGAAUAUUCCUUUACCGACUCAAUGGUUCCUCCGGGCAAGUACAUGUACCGCCUCCUCUGCCGUUCCCGGGACGGCUCCAUUGAUGUCGUGGAUCAGAAGGAGAUGAUCGUAGCAGAGGCCCCCGGCGUUGAUUUGAAGAUCGCUGUCCCAGUUCUUCUGGCCUUUGUGCUCUUCAGUGCCCUCUACGGCUUCAGCUUGAAAACCAACAAGAGAGCGCAUGACAUCAGCUCGUAUGUGACCCAAGGUAAGCACACCCCUGUGCUGGGCGAGUUGCUAUUGUGCUUUCAUUCUUGUAGUGGCAGCACGGGCACCAACCGUUUUUUCGCUUGGUUGGAGGCUCCUCGUAAAGGUGAAUCUGAGCGGAAUAUGUACUACGAGCUCGUUCCACGUGACGAUGGAUGUGGGAACACUCUUGAGCCCGCAUGGAAGCUACUUCCGAAUGGAGGGGCGUUUCAUGCUGAGCUCGAGCGCCUUCCAAAGCAGCAAGUUGUGCUGGCGCUGCUGAAGACGCAGGAGCUGGCCCACGAGCAAUUGCAGUGGCCGCAGGUGCAGCGCAGCCUAGGCCUGGCAGAGGAGCUACAACUCGUGAUGCAUCAAGACGUGGAGCAGGUGAACAAGGUCGUCCACACGUUUGCCCGGCAGUAUGUGAUGCAGCAGCCAUGGCACAAGGAGCAGAUGGAUAUGGGCAUGUCGAUCAACGACAUUGUCACUGAGCACUUGGAGGAGGCAGCUUUCUCGCCAGAGGAGGUGCUAUAUCUGCUGCUGAACCAGGAGAAAAUGGCUGAUACACAGCAGCCAGAUCCGAAAAACAAGUUGGUGGCAACACUAUCCAGGAUGUUUUCCAAGAAGCUGGAAACUUGA